AUGAGGGUGGAUCUUGAUCAAAUCGAAUUCUACCAUGGCCCAAGUCGCCAGCCGCCAUCAUCUACCAGUGCGAAAGAAGCGAUCCCCGGUCAUGCUUCAUCUCAAGCUCCCCGAAACUUCCAGGAUUCUUUUCCCGCUGGGUUCGGCUUUUUUCCAAGGCCGUUUGAGGCACCUCUAGGACAGGCACCGCCGCUGACCAGUGCAACUCAUGAAUGGAACGUUUUUGACGUCGAGAUCGAUAAUGUAUAUGGUGCCACUCAGCCUCCAAUGACGGAAGAUGUCGAACCCGCAGUGACAACAAUCAUGCCAACUGCCCGUGACAUUCUGGUAGAUGGUGAAAGAUCCACGUUGGCUUUCUCAGAGCCAGUGCUAUCGAAAGUCUCCGCGACACCAGACUCAUGUCCUGCAGAGGCAAACCAUCUUGACUGCAUUCAUCCUGGUAUGCGAGAAAAUGGCUUACCUGACACGGUUCCUGAUACAAAGGAAAUGGAGACUUCCCGACUCUCCUGCGUGCCCUGUGUGACCGCGCCAACACCCGCACCCGAACAAGCGAAUAAUGCCGUUAGCAACCAAUCUGCAGUGGGCAAUUCCGAACAAGAAUCAGCCAAGCGGAAAUUGUCUAUCACAGGCCCCUGCUCCUCUGGCAGUAUGCACCCUGGCGACUGUGAAAAGGAUACAGAGCCCAGUCAGACAUCUGGCCUAGGUGAGGAUCCAUGCCCCCGGGCAAACGAUGCUCCAGAGCCAGCUAGAGUUGCCGGCACUGCUGAAGACAAGUCCGGCCCAUCUGGCUCGUCCCCUCCGCCAACUGUGUACUCUACUCCAGAAUGUUCUGGUGCUCGAACGAUGCCUAGUUCCGAUAGCCGGGCGCGCUAUCCGUCAAUAGCUGUGGUUAUACCGCCACCACCAUGGAAGCGAGGAGCCAUCCGGACAAGCACAAGGGCCGCUGCGGCGGUGUGCAAAAAGCGACUUCGCUCAGCCCGAGACACCGACAGCCACCAAGAUCGGAACACAACCUUCUAUGACACAGAACGACCAGGUCAGACGAAGAAGAAGCGGAGAGCUUCAACCAGGCCUCUUUCUGAUCCUCCGGACGCUUCCAUUCCCGUUUCAUGCCAUUGUUCCGGUGCUAUCCAGGGUGUCCGCGGGAGUGCUCUCCUUACGGUCGAUUCUAAUUCCGGUCUGAAACCAGCAUAUUACUUUACUUUCGUACCCGACCCUAGGCCGAUGCUGUCUCGACCCCAUACGGCGGAUAUUCCAGGGAAACAAAGACCGUACACGUCGGACGAGAAUGCGCUGCUGGUGCGGCUGAAGGAAAGAGAGGCAAUGUCAUGGUCUGAGAUUACGGCUUACUUCCCCGGCCGAAAUAUGUUAUCCCUUCAAGUCCACUAUUCUACCAGAUUACGCAACAAGUCCAACUCUCGGUCUGAGAAACCGAGGAGACGCGAAUGA